AUGGGGCUAAGACAAACUCUCUCUCUUUCUCUCUUUUUCUUUUUCUUAUACUUCCUAGGAGGUAGAACUGUUGUUGUUGUUGUUGUUGUUAAAAAAUCAACAGACUUGUUGAUUACUUCUUUUUUCAUCCUCCUCACCACUUGCACCGCCUACAUCAUCUACCAACUCUACCUCCAUCCCCUCGCAAUCUACCCCGGCCCCCUCCUCGGCAAACUCACCCCCGCCUACGACGUCUACCACGCCUACAUCGGCGACAAACACCUUCUCUUCUACCACUUACAUAUCAAAUACGGUCCCAUCGUCCGGUUUUCGCCCAAUUCUCUGAGUAUUAAUCAUCCGGCUGCGCUGCAAAGGAUAUAUUCUCAUGGCGCGAAUGUCAAGAAAUCGAGGUUUUAUGAGUGUUUUCGUGCUGCGCCGAAUGCGGUUAGUACCCUGUUGGCGACGGAUCGGUUGCAGCAUGCUAGGAAGAGGAGGGUUAUGGGGUUUGCUUUUUCCGAGACGGCUAUGAAGGGGAUGGAAGGGUAUGUUUUGGGGCUUGUGGAGGAGUUUAUUGGGAGGGUUGGAGAGGUGGUUGAUUGUGCUGGUGGUGGCGAAAAGGAGGAGGAGGAGGAGGAGGGAAAAGAGAAAUGGAGCAAAUGUCUCAACAUGUCCCAAUGGUGCAACUGGCUCGUCUUCGACAUCAUGGGAGAAUUAGUCUUUGGAAAAUCUUUUGGAACUCUCGGCUCCCAUAUCCCUAACCGCAAAGCAAUUUUCCUCCUUGGAAGAGCCGCGAGAAGAAAUUAUGUCGUGGCUGCUAUGCCCGCUUUGGUUUCUACCGGUUUGGAAAAGUUUCUCCCGGUUCUGAGAGGCCUCUAUCGAGAUCGAUGUCGAUAUCUUGCGUUUGGGAAACAGCAGGUUGUGAAAGUUAUGGAACGACAACAACAACAAAGCGAUGAUAACAAAAAUCCCCUUAAGAAGAGAAAAGAUAUUUUUUCCCUCCUCCUAACUGCCCAAGACCCCGAUACAGGAGACAAUAUUCCCCUCCCCGAACUCUGGAUGGAAAGCAACACCCUAAUAGUCGCAGGCAGCGACACCACCUCAACCACUCUCGCAGCAACUCUCUACUAUCUCCUCCACAACCCUCCCACCCUCCAUCGGCUUCGCGCAGAAAUUUUGGCCACAUUUUCCACGCGACAUGAAAUUCGCAUGGGUCCCAAAAUGCAAUCUUGCAGUUAUUUGCGUGCCGUUAUUGAUGAGACUAUGCGUAUGACUCCUGCUGUGGGGGGGAAUUUACCGAGAGAGGUUUUGUCGGGCGGGUUGGACAUUCCGGAAUUGGGAGUGUUUUUGCCAGAGGGUGUGGAUGUGGGGGUUCCGAUUUAUGCGGUUCAGCAUCAUGGGGAUUAUGUGGUUAGACCGUUUGUUUUUGAUCCGGAGAGGUGGAUUUCUUCUUCUUCUUCUUCGGGAACGGGAGGAGGAGGAGAAAAAGAAGGACAAGAACAACGACAUCAUCCCCAAAAUCGCUCAUCUCUCCAAGAAGUCUUUACGCCCUUUUCCAUUGGCCAUCGUUCCUGUUUGGGGAAACCUUUGGUAUAUAUGGAAUUGAGCCUUGCACUUGCGAGAUUGAUUUUUGCUUUUGAUAUGCGUUUGUCUUCUUCUGCUUCCUCCUCUUCCUCCUCCGCUUCGGACGAAUACUCUGAGAAACACAAACACGCACAGAAAGAGGAAAAGUUACUAUCGGAGAGAAUUCAAAAAGAAAUCAAAAGUGGAAAGAGACAACCGUUUGAAUAUCAGUUGCUGGAUUGGUUCAUGAGUCGGAAUGAAGGGCCUUGGGUUGAGUUUCGAUGGAGGGAAAAGGAAGGGAAAUAG